AUGGCCGUCAGACAGAACGUCCGUAUUCCUGUGCAUAAGACCACACGCCGCAGAUCAGUUGUUUGGAAAAACGUACCAAGCUGUAAGUACUGCUGCACUUUGGCAAACUUCCGGAUUGAAAAGAAAAUUGGUCGGGGCCAGUUCAGUGAGGUCUACAAAGCCACAUACCUGCUGGAGGGACAGCUGGUUGCACUCAAGAAAGUCCAGAUCUUUGAGAUGAUGGAUGCCAAGGCUCGUCAGGACUGCAUCAAAGAGAUAGAUCUACUGAAGCAGCUGAAUCACCCCAAUGUGAUCAAAUACCUAGACUCCUUUAUUGAAGACAACGAGCUCAACAUUGUUCUGGAGCUGGCAGACGCUGGAGAUCUGUCCCAGAUGAUAAAGUACUUCAAGAAGAAGAGGCGACUCAUUCCAGAGAGGACUAUAUGGAAAUAUUUUGUGCAGCUCUGCAGCGCACUGGAGCACAUGCAUUCACGCAGAGUAAUGCACCGUGAUAUCAAGCCAGCCAAUGUGUUCAUAACAGCCACAGGGGAGGUAAAGCUCGGUGAUCUUGGAUUAGGCCGCUUCUUCAGCUCUAAAACCACUGCAGCACACUCCUUAGUGGGGACACCGUACUACAUGUCGCCGGAGAGGAUCCAUGAGAACGGAUACAAUUUCAAGUCAGAUAUCUGGUCCCUGGGAUGUCUUCUGUAUGAGCUUCGGGACCUGGUUAGCAUGUGUAUCAGCCCGGACCCAGACCUGCGGCCAGACAUUGUCUUCGUGCUGCAGAUUGCCAAACAGAUGCACAUGUGGACUUCUAGCACCUGAGCAACCAUUUCUGCUCCAGGCCCCACCCCCCUCCCCUGCCCGCUUUCUCUGCUUAGUCUGAGGAUCUCAAACCACUAGAAGUAAGCUCUGCCUGGUCUUGCAGAAAAGUGUUUGCCUCGCCCUCAUCGCGUCAGGAGGUAGACUUGCACAGGGGGACUGUGAUGUUUCGACAUCCAAGUGCCCACUUGUUUUCUGUUGCAGAGGGUGUGAAGAGGUGCAUCAGUGGUGCAGUACUCGUAGAAAGUGGAGUUAAUGAAGGGGCGACUGCAUUUAUGGUCUUUUCUUUAGCUACAGAUGGAGAGCUGUGUCUCAUCAUGAUCGCAGAUUUCUCAAAGCUUUCUUUAACUCCACAGGGGUUGCAUUCCAAGUUCAUACCCUUUGUGACAGGUAAAUUGUGUGCAAAAGAGCUGGGCAAUCUGAAUCUAUCAUCUAUUAUUGUAAUGAUAUACAUUUUUUCAAAAUCAAUUUUAAGUACGUCAUUUAGGGGUCAUCGACAUAUAAAGAGGGACAUCAUGUUUCCACUUUCACUGUACAAAAAUUAAGCCAAAAUAUCCCAGAUAUGGCUGCUGCCAUCUUGCACUAGUGAUGUCAUUUGGGCUGUGUGCAGAAGUCUAAAAACAGCUAACAUGGAAGGGGGUGCGGUUUAUGACCUUUACUGUAGUAUAGUGGGCGAUUGAGAUGUGUUGCCUUCACUUUUGUGAAGCUGUCAUGUCGUCCAUCUUUAUAUACAGUUUACUUUAAAUGGACAAUUAGUAAAUACAUAAAUACAGUUACUAAGUCAGAUUUCCAGGACCCCAAGAAUGGUUUUUGAAAGAACUGCUAGCUUGCAGUGAGACGAAUUAACCUUCUAAGUCCUGCCCCUUUUGGAACCUCGGUCAACUUCCUCCUUUCUUGUACUUAGAUAUGCUAUGUGCUAGGCUAUCUAUGUUGAAAAGACAACCACAUUUUGAAGAUGGUUAAAAGAUAAAAGGGACGUACAUAUAUGGUGUGUCUCAAAUCGAAUACUUCCGUUAGUAAACCUCUAUGUAGUACACAAUGCAGACUAUGUAGUUACUUGCGUAGUGCGGUAAUGUGAGCUUGGUGUUGUCUCAAAUCGAGCACCGCCAUUGCGCACUUACUGGAAAUGACGAUUGCAACAUUUACCGUGUUACACCAAUUUACAACCAGACUAUACAGUCACAGAUAUAACAGAUAUAUAUAUAUAUAUAUAUAUAUAUUAUACAGAGUAUAAGCGCUAAUACUGCUUUAUUUUUCACUGGAUUUCUUCACGAUAUUAAUUAAAAAUGACCCUGCUUCUACUUUUUAUCACUUGUGUGUGUCUCAGUAUGGAAGUAUUCAAAUUGAGACACAUAAGUUAUACUUAAGCUAACUAAUGUUGACGUAAAUGCUAGCUAACUAGCUAGAUAAUCUACAUUAAUCAUUAGCUAGCUCGAUAACUGUGUUUUGCGAACACUAGCUAUCAGAUCAGUAACUAGCUAGCUAAUGAUUCAUGUAAGUAAGCUAGCUAGUUAGCUAGUUGUGACUAUUAUCUUUGAACCAUCUUCAAAAUGUGGUUGUGUUUUCAACAUAGAUUAGCCUAGUACAUAGCAUAUCUAAGUACAGGAAAGGAGGAAGUUGACUGGGGUUUUGACCGAGGCUUGCUCAAUUGUUAAUGGAUCACAGAGCAAAAAGGGGCGGGACAUAGGAAGGGUUGGUUAUGAUGCAGAUCAGCUAUACAACUGAUAUGUAUUUACUUCUUCUGUGUGGAAGCCAGAGUGACUGUGGUGAUAUUUAACUUUUUUUAACAGGUCCAGUAUCUCAAGAUAAUCAUUUAAACUCCUAAAAUGUGUAAAAAGCGCUUGGAAGACUAGUGGUCGAAAGACUAGAAUGGCACUAUACAAGUACAGUCCAUUUACCAUUUACCAUUCACUAAACACUUUAGCUUACAUUUUGUAAAAAAAAUUCUGCUGCAUCACAGAUACACCCAUUAUCCUGAUAAUGGAAAUUCAAACCUAUUUGUGGGUUUUUUCAGCCCAUCCCUAGCAUUUCUGAGUUUAUGAUAAAAGAACUAUGUUUACACUGAUUUUACUACUGAUCAUGGUUCAAAGAUCAAAGAUUCUAUUGAGUUGCAUUAUGGGAAAUGUAGGAUGCAGUGCUUCUGGAGCUUGGCCCAUACUGAAGGCUGACCAUACAUUUUUUAAAUAAUCCCUCAACAUUACAGAACAGUGAAGAUUAGAUCAGUAUUUGUCAAACAUUUUACAGCAGGUACCACCUCAGUAAAUAUUAACCUCUCCAAGUACCACUGCUGUUCAGCUAGACAGUUCAUGCAGGAGACAGGUAUAUUUCUAACGAGAACAUUAUUUAUAGUUGUAAAUGGUAAAUGGACCUGUACUUGUAUAGCACCUUUCUAGUCUUCUGCCCACUCAAAGCUCUUUUACACUACGUGCCCACAUUCACCCUUUCACCACAUUCAGUCAGUGAUGGCAAAGUCCAUGGAACAGAAACUAACUCAUUCAUACACAUUCACACACCGAUACAUGGCAUCGGGAGCAAUUUGGGUUCAGUAUCUUGCUCAAGGAUAUUUACCUGCUCUGCCUCUGAGCCACAGCCCUUAUUGUAGUAGUUUGUAGUAUUUUGUUCCCCCAGGACCCAAAUCUGAUUGACCACCCCAACUGCCACCCCAUUAUCCUUACUUUUUCCACUCUGCAUUGUCUGUCUAUAGCAGGCUUUGUUUUAAAGCUAGAGUGACGAUACUGGCUCAUAUGAAACUAGAUGCCCUAACACAUAUGCCAGUACCAACCAUGCAUGUCGGGAAGGAGGCUAGAUAAUGCUCCAAAGUUAGGCUAAAUUUUGGCGAUGGAAAAACUGGCAUAGCCUUUUUCAAAGGGAUAUCUUGACCUCUGACCUCAAGAUAUCUGAAUAAAAAUGGGUUCUAUGGGUACCCACAAGUCUCCCCUUUGCAAACACGCCCACUUUAUGCUAAUCCCAUGCAGUUUUUUGCAUGUGGUAUAAAUGUGUUAUUUUUGUUUUGUUAGUAUCUGAGUAUAUGCAUACUGGGGUCCAUAAACAGUGUUGGAACUUUAUAAACUGAGACACACACUUGAUGCCACCCCUGCAUAAGUCAGUGCCCCACUUGUGCUACCCCAGUCAAAAAAGUCUGGAAACGUCCCUGGAGUACACCUAUCACAGUUUGAGCACCAGUGGUUUAGAUACUGGGCCCACCACAGACCCUGUUGGCUUCCAGACAUAUGGACUUUUGAGGACUGGACUUUUAUAUUUCUUAUUGCCUAGUCUCAGUGUGAGGAGGUAAUACUCGCAAACUGUGCCGACCUCUGACUUUAUUCUUUUAGCUCUUUAGUUAACUCAGUAUAUUUUGAAUGUCAUGUUGCCUAAAUACUUAUGUUGAUGCAUAUCAUUUCAGUGUUGAUAGUGGAAUAAAGAAGGAAAGAGUUUGAGUACAGGACAACCUUGUAAUUAAAUUGAUUUAGAACUUUCUCAUUGUCCCUGGGGAACCGAAGAAACUAUUGAGUGCUGCAAUGUCCUUCACUCAAUCUGUUAUUACUAGUCUAAGACACACACACAGAGUUGUACUAGAAUAAUGGUGGUGGGUGUUCAAAGAUGUUUUAUGUGAUGUAUAAAUAGCAGAACGCAGUUCAUGAUCUGGGUCAAAGUGUUGAUAUGUCUGUGUGAAUAUAGACCACUGUUACUGUGAAACUGUGCGUACUGGAGAAAUGAGAUGCUGUGAAAGUCAUUUGUUUAACGUGUCCUUCUGUGAGGAGAAUGCACAGUGCCUUACCACGCAGAAUAACUCAACAUUAUUCUCAUUUGUUACUUGUAUUCUGUGCUAAUGAAAUAAAGGUAUCACACACACACAGGAAGGGGAAAGUUUAGAGCUUUUAUCGUGUUUAGAUGACUUAUAUCUUCCAUCUACUACUGUACUUAUUGAAUUGUGUCAUUAUGUUUAACUGUAUUUUCCUGUGCUUCAGUACAAUAAAUCCAGCUUUCCGUGUC